CAAGCGCCCAGCAGACAUCAUGGCGGCCCUUCUCGUCCACCUAAUCCUCUCCUUUGGCUAAGCUGUGGUGAUGGCGGCGGCGCCCGGCGUGUGCUGGAAAUCUAAGUGGCGUUUGGGGUCUGAACCCCGUCAGACAGGAUCCGAGAGGCCUGCCUGUUCCCGGACCCCUGCCUUCCUGUGGCGCGGGCCCGGCUGAGGGGCCCAGCCAGGCGGUGUCAUGAGACUUCCUCCUUGAAGCCUCUCAUUCCCUCUUGACUCAGACGCGUGCUCCGGUCCUUAUGAACUGGCAGAAUAGUUUCUGUUACUUUGACAAGACAAGCCCCUCCCCUGUCUCUGGACAUUAGCACCUCGAGGGCAUGCAGGUGACCCUGUGCCCCCUGCAGGGGCCGGCUGUGCAGUAGGUGCUCGGUCAGCGUGGGACAGUCAGUCGGGCGAUUCCUCCUGACCAGCUCUCGAAAGCGAGGAGGAGAUGGCCACCAAGGAGAAGCUGCAGUGUCUGAAAGACUUUCACAAGGACAUCCUGAAGCCGUCCCCCGGGAAGAGCCCGGGCACGCGGCCCGAGGACGAGGCUGAGGGGAAGCCCCCGCAGAGGGAGAAGUGGUCCAGCAAGAUCGACUUUGUGCUCUCCGUGGCUGGUGGCUUCGUCGGUUUGGGCAACGUCUGGCGUUUUCCGUACCUCUGCUACAAAAAUGGUGGAGGUGCAUUUCUCAUACCGUAUUUUAUUUUCCUGUUUGGGGGCGGCCUGCCUGUGUUUUUCCUGGAGGUAAUCAUAGGCCAGUACACCUCUGAAGGGGGCAUCACCUGCUGGGAAAAGAUCUGCCCCUUGUUCUCUGGCAUCGGCUAUGCCUCCAUUGUGAUUGUGUCCCUCCUGAAUGUAUACUACAUUGUCAUCUUGGCCUGGGCCACCUACUACCUGUUCCAGUCCUUCCAGUCGGAGCUGCCCUGGGCGCACUGCAACCAUACCUGGAACACACCCUACUGCAUGGAGGACACGAUGCGCAAGAACAAGAGCCUGUGGAUCACUCUCAACACCAGCAACUUCACCUCCCCUGUCACCGAGUUCUGGGAGCGCAACGUGCUGAGCUUGUCUUCUGGAAUCAACAGCCCCGGAUCACUGAAGUGGGACCUUGCUCUCUGCCUUCUUUUCGUGUGGUUGGUCUGUUUCUUCUGCAUCUGGAAAGGCGUCAAGUCCACGGGGAAAGUUGUCUACUUCACGGCCACUUUCCCGUUUGCUAUGCUGCUGGUGCUGCUGGUUCGUGGGCUGACGCUGCCUGGGGCAGGCGCGGGCAUCAAGUUCUACCUGUACCCUGAUAUCAGUCGCCUCAAGGACCCACAGGUAUGGAUUGAUGCUGGGACCCAGAUAUUCUUCUCCUAUGCCAUCUGCCUGGGAGCCAUGACCUCACUGGGGAGCUACAACAAGUACAAGUACAACUCGUACAGGGACUGUAUGCUGCUGGGAUGCCUGAACAGUGGUACCAGUUUUGUGUCUGGCUUCGCAAUUUUUUCCAUCCUGGGCUUCAUGGCACAAGAGCAAGGGGUGGACAUUGCUGAUGUGGCUGAGUCAGGUCCCGGCCUGGCCUUCAUUGCCUACCCAAAAGCUGUGACUAUGAUGCCGCUGCCCACUUUUUGGUCCAUUCUCUUUUUUAUUAUGCUUCUCUUGCUUGGACUGGAUAGCCAGUUUGUUGAAGUUGAAGGACAGAUCACAUCCUUGGUUGAUCUUUACCCAUCCUUCCUAAGGAAGGGUUUCCGUCGGGAAAUCUUCAUCGCCUUGAUAUGUAGCAUCAGCUACCUGCUGGGGCUGACGAUGGUGACGGAGGGUGGCAUGUAUGUGUUUCAACUCUUUGACUACUAUGCAGCUAGCGGUGUAUGCCUCUUGUGGGUUGCAUUCUUUGAAUGUUUCGUUGUUGCCUGGAUAUAUGGCGGUGAUAACUUGUAUGACGGCAUUGAGGACAUGAUCGGCUACCGGCCUGGGCCAUGGAUGAAGUACAGCUGGGCCGUGGUCACUCCAGUUCUCUGUGUUGGAUGUUUCAUUUUCUCUCUCGUCAAGUACAUACCCCUGACCUACAACAAAGUGUACGUGUACCCCACCUGGGCCAUCGGGCUGGGCUGGUGUCUGGCCCUGUCCUCCAUGGUGUGUGUCCCCUUGGUCAUGGUCAUCCGCCUCUGCCAGACGGAAGGGCCGUUCCUCGUGAGACUCAAGUACCUGCUGACCCCGAGGGAGCCCAACCGCUGGGCUGUGGAUCGAGACGGGGCCGCACUCUACAGCUCCCACUCGGCCAUGAACGGCACCCUCAUGAAGCCCACCCACAUCAUCGUGGAGACCAUGAUGUGAGCUCUCUCGGGCCGACGGCUGCUUUCCUGCUGUUUACUAACAUUAGAUUCUCAUAGGACCAGGUUUACAGAGCUUUAUAUUUGCACUAGGAUUUUUUUUUAAUUGUCACAGAAAAUAUUACUGUGUAUGUGUGUGUGUGUGUGUGUGGUGCGUGUGUGGUGUCGUGUGUGUGUAUGUGUGUGUGUAUUUUGUGUUGAUUUGGGGAUAUUUUGUACAAAAAACAAAAACAAAAAAAAUACAACAACCCAUGGGCAGAAGUCCGGGGCAAGGCAGAGCUUUCAUACUGAAUUAGAUGUAUUUUAUGGGAACUGGUAAAUUUUUCUUUGUAUUUUUUUUUUUUACAUAUAAUUAUAUGUACACUUAGAGAUUGUCAUACACUUUUACCACUUGAAUUGAUCUUGCCAGCAAUAGAUCUCGUUUUCAAAAGCAAUUCUUUGGUGCUUGUGUAGCUGGCAGAAAGUUCUGCCCCCUCCCUGCCCCCCAGCCCCCCCCAAAUAAAACAACGCAGGGUGGAAUUUUCCUGGGACAGCCAACCCAUUUUAAAGGUGUAGUACCUCCCAGACCUGGUUCAAGUCGAAGCAGGGAGAGGGCCCCACCCGCUGGCCAGGCCCACAGGGGCCUGAGAAAGGAAGGCUGUGAGGAGUCGGCUCAGGACACUUGUAACCAGGAAGAGAGAUGCCAAAAUGCUGAACCAGCCCCUCAAAUAAAGGCGCUGACUGAAAGCUGAGAGGUGAGGCCUGACAACAAAAAACAGAACCCCACCUUUUAUUUUGAGGUCAGUGUAUUUGCUGAGGGACGAGGGGUGAGCGAGUGGACCAAAGGAUGUGGCCCAGGGUUCGGGUGGCCCGGUGUUGGGGAGGGGUGCUUUCCCCUCAUCUCUCCACCCUCAUCUCCCAGAGGCCGGGAGAAACUCCUGGCACCGCUUGUUAAGACCCCAGCCCAGGCCCACGCGGGCUCCGCGCAGGGAGUACCAAGAGCGUCCUGGGGCCUUUAGCGAAUGCUUGAAUCCAGUAAAGUGCUCUCAGCACUCUUCCUCCCAGUUUAGUCACAAGUGCGACGCUGGGUAGACCCUGGGUGGCGUAAAAAUCUUCACCCCAUUUCCCCCCCCCCCCCCCCCCGCAGUCCCUUGGUGUCAGAAUGCACUACAUGGGACCGAGAGGGGGCCGUGGGGGGGCGUUUUCUAGGAAGUGGGGUUGUUCGGGGGGCUGGCACCCCAGAACUGGCUCGACCAAGUAUGGCGUCCUCUCUGAACCAGCAGGGAAGGUACUCACCUUUAAUAUCCCGGGUGUGGACACACCUCCACCCUGGCCCCCAUUUGGACCUAAACUGUGCCAUUUUAAAGUCACUUCCAAGUUCAGUCUAAACUAAACCGAAGCGUCACAAACGGCAGUGACUGCCUAGCAGGGGGGUGGAGGGUGGAGAUUCAGAGCAGGGGCUCUCUGAAUCCUGGAACCCCGCUCCCCCAAUCCGAGAGAGCGAGGAGGCUUAGCUGUCCCCCUCCCCAGGGGCAGAGGCCACUCUGAACCUCUUGUCUUGGUAAACUUUCACAUUUCGCUGUUUCCAAAGCACCUGCUCUGCCAAACAACACCUAUUCCAGGCCGUUCCGUUCCGACAUGUUCCUGUUUUCCUAUGUGUCGAUGGUUGCUGCUGUGUCUGAUUGGACUUUGUUGGUUUUUUCCCCCCUAAUUUUACCGAGUAGCAAUGUGACCUGUUUUCCUGUCUUAUGGAACUUUAGUAAACUAACCACUGUCAGCGAUUGGGGACAGGUGAUCAUGGAGCGAGGGGGGCUUGGCACGCUGUGGCUACCUGGGCACCUGUGGUCAUUUCAGGCUACACACAUCUCCCCUCUGGGGCUCAGAUCCCCAGGGAAAGGCCACAGGGUGGCAGGCAAAUUGCAACAUCCUGGAAAGGGCCCGAGGAAGGCCUCUCCUUGUCAGAUUCCCAGACCAAAUUCCAGACCAAAGACACAUGCAGACCAAGUCCCCAGGUGCCAGCUGGGUGGAAGGUCAGCCACGUUCCCCAAGCCCACCCCUCACACCUCCCUGGGCACCCGUCUCCAAUCGCGACCCUCGUGUCUGCCCCCCUAGCUCUGGUGUAUCCGCAGACCUUGGCUCUAUGAGUACAAUGUGGAACAACGCGCGGCUUCUCUCUGUCUCCACAUAAAGGAAACUCCUUGGCACUCAGACUCUGUCCGCCUGUCUCUGGAGAAGGGGCGGUGCUGCGCCCACUCUCGGCCCGGGUGGGUCAGACGUUCUGCUGCCCGCAGAACCUGGAAGGGGUGCGAGGGAGGUGUUUGAAGAGCAUUUAGGAUGCAGAAAUGGGUGAGGGCCCAGGAUAAACUCACCAGGGAGAGGCCUCAUCACACUGGGCCUGGGCCAUGUUAGCCCCACAGGGGGCCACACAGUCAGUGAUGGAGAGGCUGGGGGUAGGGGUGGGGGGGAGCAGUGAACGCUCUCAUAAAAUGGGGAAAUGGAGGCCUGGUGGGGGGAGGGACUUUGGCCCAGCAAGGGGGGACGGAACCAGACGGUGCGCAGUCAGUUCCGGCUGCAGGUCCUCUGAGGUGCGCGUGGCGAGUGCAGCUCCUCGGUGUUCUCCCUGAAGACCAAGGACGGACGAGCCUUUAGGAAAAAGGAAACGCUCCAUCCAGUGUUGGGAGACGAGGUGAGCAGCACCUCUACCCACUGACCAUCCUUGGGCCAACCGGCCCCCACGCUGUGACUCGGGCCUGUGCACCCGGUCGCCCUGGCCCUGCACCCGGGGGCCCUCUGUGAGCGAGGCGUCCAGAUCCCUGUUGCACAUGAGGAGACGGAGGCCCACGGCAGCCAGUCGCUGCGCAGAGGCAGGACCCCAGGCAGGACUCAGAGGAGGCCACUCCCAGGCAGCAGGACGUGGCCUUGGAUUCUGAUUUCCGGGCGGAACGUACUUCCCUCUUGGUCCCUCCGGUCCCAGCACAGCCCCGGAGACAGUGGUGAAGCAUCAGGGGAAAGGCAGCCCCCCUCGGCCUCGCACAGGGCAUUCUGUCACCAGGUCCCACCUCACCGUGGCCAGUGGCCCAGCCAGCAUCUCACACUGCCCCCUGGAUGGUGAAGUGCUCUGUGCAGCCAGUGCUGGAGGCAGAGGUGCCUCCCGUCCCCCGACACCAUGGACAGGCCAGGGGAGGACCGAGAGAAAGCCCCUCUGGGCAGCUAGAGGGCCCAGCCAGACCUCAGACCCACCGUCGGGCGCCUCCAAGCUGGGCCUUCCACAUGGAUGCUAUAAAUACCACUGUGCAAAAAUGCAACAAGCACAAAGCCACAAAACAAACCCCCGAUCUCAAAACUGGAGAGGAAUUCGGGCCCUCCCUCUCGGAAUGCAUCCUGCUGGAAUGGGAGCCACUUCAUUGUUCUCUGUGGGUGUCACGCAGACGUGUUCUGACAAGGUCCCGAAGGAUGAAGCGUCUUGUGAUACAUUUGGCUUCAAACUGAGGCGUUAGCUCCAUUCCCCCCACCCCCCAUUAAAUUUCAAAUCCUUACCAACUGUGACUCUGUAUUUAGCACAAGAGAAAGCUGGGGACGCGGUUUUGCCUCCUUCCAGAAAUAUGUCUGGCUCAUCAGAACUUUUUUUUUUAACAUCAAAAUAUUUUAAAGAUAUUUUAAACUUUUGUAAAGAAAAAAAUCCACCAACAAGAGAUUCUUCUGAGGAGGAACAUUUGUAUUUGAAUAAGACCCUUGGUGUGUAAUUCAGUCUUGCGAUAUACAAGCUUUUGUGUAUAAAUGUUUUAUGAUCUGAAUCCCUGUAUUUUGCAGGGUGUUUCCUCUUUUGCUUUCUAGAUACAUAUGUAUAUCGAUAUUUUAAAUCCAUCUUUGCUUUUUUUUUUUUAGAGGAGUUUGUAAUCACCUUAUAACAUGAAAAUAAACAUUUCCUUUUUAAAUCCAC